CAAAAGAUAUUUCUAGAUAUGCCAUGUUUCUUCCGAGGAUAUAGAAAAAAUAGAGUCAUGCAAAUCCUUGAGAGCUGUGAUUUUGAAGCUGAAUACGGAUUGGAUGUCCUAAUUGACAAAUCUCUUGUGUUCAUCUUUGAAACUGAUACGAUAGAAAUGCAUGACUUGAUGCAAGAUAUGGGUAGAUAUGUGGUAAAAUUGCAAAAAGAUUCAGGUGAACCUAGUAGACUAUGGAAUGCUAAAGAUUUCAACGAAGUGAUGGUCAACAAUACGGGGACCAUGGCAAUGGAAGUAAUCUGGUUUACUUAUUUUGAACAAAUAUACUUAAACAAAGAGGCAAUGGAAAAUAUGAAAAAGCUUAGAAUAUUAUACCUAGAUGAUGGUAGGCCGCACCGCUUGGCUUCACCCCCCUCUGAUAUUGAUUCGAAACACAUUCCCAACGGCUCCAUUGAGUGCUUGUCCAACAACUUGCGGUGGGUUUUCUGGAAGCACUAUCCUUGGGAGUCAUUAUCAGAAAAAUUUAAACCUCAAAGGCUUGUUCAUCUCAAUCUCAGUCGGAGUUUGUUGCAUGAUUUAUGGACAAAAAGAAAGAUCUUAUCUUGUAAUUGUGAAUUCUUUCCUUCUCCAUCGCAUCAUCAGGUACAUAAUAUAUAUGAUAGUCAUAUCAUUGGAAUUAUGCUUAGUCAUGAAGAAGGUAAACAUUUAUUAGGCCAAUUCACUAGGAAUAUUUUUAGUUUGUUAAGAUGUAUCUCAUUAGGAAAUAUAGAGAACUUGUAUUGUUUGAGAUCCAUAAAUUAGUACUAGAAUGAAAUGGGUCCAAAUAGAGUGAAAAGAAUAGUGAAAAUGCAUAUGCCAACUCUAAAAAACAUGUAAUUGAGGUAUGGUUGUAAUUGGAUUAAAAAGAGUAAUAAAAGUAGAUGGAUCGUUGUUGCCGAUAAGUAACUGCUAACAAAUUGAUGUACAAACAUUAUGAGUUUUGUCAUCUAUAUUAUAUUGUUACAUUCUAUAGGGUUUGACCAAAUGAUAGCAGAAGCUUUCACUAGAAAACAAAGUAAAGCUUAAUGUUGACCAAACAACAUGAUCUGAACUUACGU